AACACCAAUUUCUGCAUUCGCUACCGCCACCCAGGGUAUCACGAACCCAAGUAGCAAGAGCAAGCGCAUUUUGUCCACCGCUGGCCGGCUCCCAGCAGGAGUAAGAUAGCAAAAGGGCUUAGACCAUGCUGCUCCGCAGGGCCGCCCGGCGCCUCCGCCCGCAAACGCGCGGCCUAUCGGCGAUGCCGACGAGUUUCGCCGACUACGCGGAGGCCGACGAGACGAUGCAGGACUACGCGGGCAACGUCCGGCGCCUCGGCCGGCUCUUGGGCGAGCGAGUCGCGGCGAACCAGGAGGGCGCAACGGUAGUGGCCGUCGUCGAGCGCUUCCGCCACCAUGCCAAAAAAUAUCGCGACGCCCGCGAGGCCGGCCACGAGGCCGAGGCGGCGCAGACCUUCGAGAGCAUGGCGAACGAGAUCGCGUCGCUCGCGCCGGGGACGUUACGGGACGUCGCGCGGAGCUUCGCGCACUUCCUCGCGCUGUCGAACGCCGCCGAACAAGAACAUCGCGUCCGGCGCCUCGAGGCGCACCGCGGCGACGGCGCGCCCUUGUACCCGGGCAAAACCGACAGCUGCGCGGGCACGCUGGAUUAUCUGCUCGACGAGGAGCACGUCGAUAUGACCAAGAUCGAGGCCGCCCUCGCGUCGCAGCAACUGGAGAUCGUCCUGACGGCGCACCCGACGGAGGUGAAUAGAAGAACCAUUCUCUCGAAGCACCGGCGCGUCGCCGAGUUACUUGCAAAAAGGCCGGACACGCAAGGUUAUGAGAGGAAUGAGGUCGAUCGGGAACUAGCGGGCGUGGUCAGCGCCUUGUGGGGGUCGGAUGAACUGCGCCGCGCGAAGCCGUCGCCGCAGCAGGAGGCGCGAGGUGGGUUAGCGGUCGUCGAGACGUCGCUCUGGGAGGCCUUGCCCGACUUCCUGCGGCGCCUGGACGCGACCCUCAAGGCGCGUGGCGGCCGCCUCCCCCUCACGUCGGCACCGGUGCGACUGGCCUCGUGGAUGGGCGGCGACCGCGACGGGAAUCCCAACGUCACGGCGCCGGUGACGCGGGAGACGGUGGCGGCGCAGCGGCGCAUGGCCGCCGGACUCCUCUUGGUGGAGCUCGACGCGUUGCGCACGGAUUUGAGCAUGAAGCAGUGCACCGCUCCGGUGACGCAGCUCGCGGAGGAGUCGGGCGCGCCUUCACUAGAAAAAUUGGACGCGCCAUACAAGGCUAUCUUGGACGGCCUCGUGGGGCGGUUGCGCGCGACGGUGGCCUGGGCCGAUAACGAAUUGAGUUCUGACAACGCGCUGAAGGACUUCCCGAAGGAAAGCCGGAACUCCCUCGCGUCGCGCUUCGGGCGCGUGGCCAAGGCCGACGGCGUCAAGGGCAAGGCGCCCCUCUUCGACGAGAGCGAGCUGCUCGAGCCGUUGCAGGCGAUGCACGCGUCGCUGUGUGCCACGGGCUUCGAGGACUGGGCGGAGGGACGAUUGGUCGACACGAUCCGGAGGGUGGGCGCGUUCGGGUUGCAAUUAGCCCCGUUAGACGUCCGGCAGGAGUCGACGCGCCACGCGAACGCGAUUGAUGCAUUACGAGCGUUCGCGGGCGUGGGCGAAGCCGGAAGCUACAUCGCCAUGUCCGACGACGAGAAGGUCGCGUACCUGUCGCAGGAGCUAUCAACGAAUAGGCCUUUACUGAGACGAGGCCAGCUCGAGGAGCUGGUGAAGGGCGACUUCAUUCCCGAUGCGGUGGAUAGGGACGUCCUCGCGACGGCGCUGGUGGUUGCCGAGGCGCCUCCGAAUAGUUUUGGGGCCUAUGUCAUCUCGCAGGCGACGUCCGCCGCCGACGUCUUGGCUGUUGAACUACUGUUAGCGGAAGCCGGAGCCGGCGCGGACCGCCCGAACUGCAAGCGCAUCGUGCCGCUCUUCGAGACGCUAGACGACUUGACCAAUGGUCCUUCAUCAUUAGAAAAGCUCUUUUCGAGCGAAGGCUAUUUGGAGAGGGUGCAGCACCGCCAGGAGAUCAUGGUCGGCUACUCCGAUUCAGCAAAGGACGCCGGUCGAUUGGCGGCCUGGUGGGCCCAGUACGAGGGCCAGGAGAAGAUGUUGGCCGUGUGCCAACAGUUCGGGGUCGAGCCGACGUUCUUCCACGGCAAAGGCGGCACGGUUGGUAGAGGGGGCAACCCCGAAACGUAUCGGGCUAUUUUAGCCCACCCGCCGGACACGAUCCAGGGGCGGUUUCGGGUCACAGAACAGGGCGAGAUGAUCACGUUCAAUUUCGGCGAGCCCAAGAUCGCGGAACGGACGCUAGACAUCUUCACGGCGGCGAUUCUGCGAGAUCAUGUCGGUUCUUCCGAAGAGCGGAAAGUGGAGGAUAAGUGGCGCCAGACGAUGGCCAAGCUCUCGAAGCUGUCGUGUGCCGCGUACCGGAAAGUGGUCCGAGAAACGCCGGACUUCGUGCCGUUCUUCCGCAAGGCCACACCCGAGCUCGAACUGGCCGCGUUGAACGUCGGUUCUCGACCGGCGAAAAGGAACCCCACGGGCGGCGUCGAAUCUCUGAGAGCGAUCCCCUGGAUUUUUGCGUGGGAACAAACUAGAUUAUCGUUGCCCGCGUGGCUCGGGAUCGGCGAGGGCUUCGACGGCGUGCAGCCGGAGGAACUCACGGACAUGUACGACAAGUGGCCCUGGUUCCGGACCAACGUCGAUCUCAUCGAAACGACAUUAGCAAAGACGGAGCCGGGCAUCGCGGCGCAUUACGAGAAGUUACUCGUCGAUGACGCCAAUCUGGAUGCGCUGGGUUCUGAUUUACGGGAGCGGCUCAAAACGACAACCGAGGCGGUCUUGCGCGUGUCGGGACGCGACUCGCCGGCGGACGACAAUAUUAUACUACAAAGAGCGUUGAGGCUGCGCAACCCGUACGUCGACGUGCUCAACCUCUUACAAGCCGAGUUACUACAGCGCAAGCGCACGAUCGCGAAGCUCGCGCCGCCCGGCAGCGCGGCCGACGACGAGGCUCUAGAUGAUGCGUUGCUCGUGACGAUCAACGGCAUCGCGGCCGGCAUGCAGAAGAGCGGCUAGAUAUCAUAUAUCCCCUCGCGCGCGUUUCUGCAGCCGCUCGUGCCUGACGCUCAUCGUACAUACCCCUUCUACAUAAGAAAUCUGUCCAGUCUG